AUGAGGAAGAGUGAAGGGAGGAAGAAAGGUGGAAGAGAGGAGGAGAGGAAGAAGAGUAGAGUAAGAGGAGGAAGCAAAAAGGAAGAGUGGAGGAGAGGAAGAGAAGAGGGAGGAAGAGAGGAGGAAGAGAGGAGAAGAGGAUGUGGGGUACUAGUGGAGGAGACAAUGGGAGGUGGAAGAGUGGAUAGAGGAAGAGAUGAGGAGAUAAGGAAAGAAAGAGAAGAUGAAGAGUGGAGGAGGGAUAAUGAUGGAAGAAAUGAGGAGAGAAUGAGAACGAAAGGAGGAGAGGAAGAAGAAUCAAGGUGGAGGAGGAAUCGACAAGGAAUAGUGGAGGAGAGAGGAAGAGUGGAGUGA